AUGACGAUUUUACGAGAUCCCCCCGUAAAACUAUGGCCUCGAGUGACAGAAGAGCAAAGCGGUCGAGUCGGCCCAGACAAAGGAGGCGGGGCUCAGCUUCUGGGCCCCGACGGGUCACUGGUCGGCUGGCCAAACGCCAAACAGCCUCGUGGAGUGUGGCCAAGUGUGCGCAAGAGGCGGGCAGACGAACGUGUGCCGGCUUGA